AUGCCGGCUCCAUUACCAACAGCCGUGCGUUCUGGUCACCGGAAAACCAAGGAAAACCACACCUCAAAUGCGAGUUUUGGUCUUAAAUUGGCUAACGGUCGAACGGGCGCACCCCAGCAAACCAUGUAUAAUAAAUUCGCAAAUCAUUACGAGGCUCUAAUACAGGAGACAUUUCCCGAUCCUCUUCCCGCUAAAUCAAAAAAGACUGUGCGAAGACCAUCAACGCCGCACGGAAACAAGUCCACUGAUUUUAUCAAGCGCAACAGACAGGCAGUCUCAAACUAUGGAAAACAAAAAGACGAUUCACCGCCUGUAUCCCCACAACCAACACUCAAGCGUUCAUCAGGUGGAUCAUCCACUCGCUCAAUUACGCCUCACGGACAGUCAUCAUUGUCCGUUCGUUCAAGUUCUUAUCGCCAAAGAUCUGUCAGUCCUCAAUCAGACAAUUUAGUUGGCAUUCUCAAGAAGAGCUCGCCCCCAUCAACUACGACUGUUCAAUCGUCAAAGCGGCCUUCCACGAUCCGUCGCCCUACCUCACCUCCCAGCUCACCUUCGGGAUUAUCAUCUCAUAAGAUCUCCCACGAUUUUAACACCAAUUCGCUCGAAGCUCAAAUGCGUGUUAACAAGCAUCUCAAGAAGCGUCUGGAUGAGCGCGAUGAGCUGUUGCGUGAGAAGGAUAGUCAGCUCGAGGACUAUGCAGAUGUCGUGGAGGCUCUAAGAGAGCGCAUCUAUCAAGUCGAGGCUAGGAAUAGGGAAUUGUUUGAUGAAAAUGAAUCGCUAAAGAGUAAGCUUGAAGAAGCAGAAUCGCGCAUGCAAAACCAAGAUAUUCCCACAACACUCUCUCAGAUUGCUAAAAAUGUUCAAAGAGUCAAGGGUGACAAAUCAGUAGCCGCUGUUGUACCUCAGGCCUCAAAACGAACCGCCAAUGCGACCACGUCUGCCGCUACUACUGCUCCUGUCAAUUCAAUGUCACCAACUCCCGCUCCCAUUUCUACUACUACUUCCACGGUUCAACAAUCUUCCGUCAUCUCUUCAUUGAUUGCAUCACGUCCUACUACUGCUGCCCCGGCGGCUCCAGUUGCAACUCCUCUACCGGCUACUACUCAGAUCAAAUCUUCAGUUAAUCCGUCAAGACUUGCUCCUGCUCCGGUCACUUCUCAUCACGUUUCAACUGCCGUACAACCACGCAGAGUCAUGCCCGAAACGAACGAGUCCUCAUCAAAUGCCGCGCGUCAUCCAGGCGGUUUUGGUUCUGAGAUGUUUAGCAAACAAUCAGAAUUUGAAUACACUCGCCAGGCCUUGGCUAAUACUAAACGUGAGCGUCCAUUGAACAGUGUCAUGGAGGAAUCUGACGAAAGCGACGAGGAAAAGAUCUUUGAGGGUGAAGUUUCUGAUGAACAAGACUUUUCUUCUUCCGACACUUUGUCUUCAGUUUCCUCUCGCAGUGAAAGUGAUUCUGAUAGUGAUUCAAGUCCUUCUGCCGCUCUCCGAGCAAUUAACGCUAAACCAAAACAAGCUUUUCCUUACAUGAUUAAAUCUCCAAUUGCAAAUCCCACAUCGAAUACUUUGGUCACACCUAUCUCUAAUGUCUCGGUUGGUCACAUUUCUAACAAAACUUCUAACGUUGCUACUACCUCAACUCCGGUCACAAAACCUCAACGUCGCCUACGUCGACCUCGUGCUAAUUCUACAAGUUCUUCUGAUUCUGGAAUUGGAAGUACUCAUGAAAACGGUAACAGUAAAACGGUUAAAAACACAAACUACAGUAUGCUUCAAAACAACGGACAAUCAACUACUUCAAAUAACUCAAAUAUGGUCACACCCAACUCAUCUCUUCAAAACAACAUUGCGGUCUCAUCUCUAUCGGCUACUUCUCAAUCUAAUUUGUCGGCAUCAAAGGUCACUUCUAUCUCAUCCGGUCAAAGUUAUAUUAAAUCAACAACCGAACAUCGUGAAUCUUUUUCUUCUGAAUCAUCAUCAGAUUCUUCAUUGGCUGCCUCUCAACGUGAUUUAUUCGGCUCAUCGGUCACUUCAAACUCAUCUGUUUCAGCAAACUCUGGAAAAUCUCUCAACUCGGUCACAUCUCAACGUAAUUUCUCUACUGGUUCUUCUUACAGUUAUACUUCGGCUAACUCUCGCUCUAACCCAUCGGAAUCUGCGGUCACUAACUCACAUGUAUCGGUUGUUUCCUCCGGAUACGACGAUAACGACAACUUUUCUAAAAACAACGCUAACUCAAACGGUUUGGUAAAACGUUCAUCUGGUUCAAACGGUCACAAAAAUUCUUAUCCCAACUCAGUCACAUCUUCUCGCUCGGCAUCUUCAUCUGAAUUCGGCAUUUCUCUAACCAAACAAACUUCCCAAACUUCGGUCACCUCUCAAUCAUCUGCUAACAAUUCAACUGCUUCUCUCCGUCAUGGUUCAAAUUCUCGGUUAUCAUCUCAGUCAACUACGUCGUCUUCUCGGUCAUCAUCUCCAUCUAAUGGCAGGUCUAGUCGUGCUCGAUCUCCUGCUCAUGAAUCCAGUCAAUCCAACAAAUCAACUGCUAGUCCAAUUCCUUCACCACCACCGCCACCAGCUUCCAAAGAUACAUUAACUCAACUGCAACAUUUUAUUCGGUUACUCAGUGAAACAUGUUCCCGUGAAAACCCAUUGAAACGUUACGAUGUCAAGAAAAUGAUGGACGAAGGUUCUUCCGCCAAAGUCUAUUCAGCUCGUCAACUAGGUUCUGAUAAUAGUGAAGAACGUGCCAUUAAAAUAGUCCCAUUGACAUACUCUCUCGAAUUCAUUUUCAAUGAAAUUUACGUCCUGAAAAAUCUCAAGCAUGAAAACAUUGUUGAUUUUAAAGAGAGUUUCUUGAAAUGGGAUGGGAAGACACGUGAAGUAUGGCUUGUAAUGGAGAAAUGUGUUCGCGGUGAUGUUACUAGCAAGGCUGGCAAAGUUUCUCAACGAGAAGUCGGACGUAUUGCUGGAGAGCUUUUGAAAGCAUUGACACAUUUACAUGCUCAUGGAAUUAUUCAUCGUGAUAUUAAACUCUCCAAUAUCUUGAGCGGUGCUAACAACGAGAUUAAACUUGCUGACUUUGGUAUUUCUUCUCUGACGCCUACAUCAACGACUGGAAUGGUUGGUACAAUUCCGUAUAUGGCUCCCGAUGUUGUUCUUGUCAACCCCGAUCGUCCAUACGAUACAAAAGUCGACAUCUGGUCUUUGGGUGUUUGCAUUUUGGAAUUAUUGACUGGCAAAGCCGCGUGGGGCCGUAUUCGAGAUGAUGAGAUUAUGCUCCGAUUACGCAAAGGUGAGAAGCCAUAUGGUUUUGAACGUAUGCGCAAGAAGGCCGAAUUUGGUUGGGAAGCUGUCGAUUUCUUGGAACGAUGCUUUGCAAAGGAUAGCGAGAACAGAUUGUCAGCCGAGGAACUUCUUGAGGUUUGCAUUAAACAACACUAUUUACAGUAA